AUGAAGGAAGGAAACAAAAAACCUAACUCGAUCGACGACAUAUACAUAGUUCCCGAGCUACUGGAAGAAAUUUUACAUGGAUUACCUUUGAAAUCAAUCCUCAAAUUCAAAGCUGUCUCCAAACAAUGGAGAUCAAUCCUCGAAUCGGACUUGUUCAUGGAGAGGCGUAUGAAUGUUCAAAAGAACCGCCGGAAAAUCUUGGCUGCUUACAACUGCAACUACGGCAGGCGGCCGUGUAUCCUCCCCGCCGAGACUCGGUUCCAAGGGGACGAAGAGAUCGUUUAUCUUCACUGCGACCCCGCGCUACCCUCGAUGACUUGCGACGGUUUAGUCUGCAUCACCGAACCUGAUUGGUUUAACGUUUUGAACCCCUCCACCGGAGAGCUCCGGAGAUUCCCUCCCGGUCCAGAUCCUGUAAAAGGAGCGCAUGCAAAUUGGCUUUUGGGAUUCGGUAGAGACAAAGUUACGGGCAGCUAUAAAAUAGUACGGAUGUGUUUUGAUGAUUGUUACGAACUUGGUCUUCUUGACGUUGGAACUGGUGAAUGGAGCCAACUCAUGCCACCUCCUCACAUUAUUGAUGCGGGUAGUAAAUCGGUGCACGUGAAUGGAUCAAUCUACUGGUUACAAAUUCGUAGGUAUUACAGCAUACUAACCUUGGAUCUUCACAAACAAAGGUUCUAUCGUGUCCCAUACCCGGAUACGUGGGUCACGCAAGAAACCCAGUUAGUGAACCUUGAGGACCGUCUAGCCAUAUCCAUGACGACCAAAGUUGGUCCUGGUGAAUGGACACUAGAGAUCUGGUGCAUGGAUUUAGAAGAAAUAAGAUGGAGCAAGAAUAUCUCAUGGAAUACAUACUCAUGGAGCAAGACUUACUCAAUAAGUUUACCCCAUAGAGUUGUUGUUUCCCGGCCAUGGCAGGAAAUUAGCUGGUUCACGCCGGUGUCCGUUUCUAAGCAAGGGAAUAUUGUCUUCUAUGAUAAUCACAAGAGGCUGUUCAGAUAUUGUCCCGGUACAGAUGAGAUUCGUUGUCUCUCCUCUAACAUAUGUGUUAUAUCUUCUUACGUUGAAGAAUUGGUUCCACUCCCGUUUAAAUCAGGCCAUCCACAUCAUGAUCUUGAGAAUUCAUAUUCCAAGUUCAGGACAUCCAAAUGCAGGCCAGGUUCUUGGAUAUCCAAAGUUUUGAGAAGGAAUGUUAGUAUGCUAGAUGUUUUGGUUGCCUCUCUCGUAGUAGUUGGUUAUGUCUACUUACCUCCCAAGAAGUUACGUAUUAUUUGA